CAAUAAACAGCGAAGUGGUGAGUGCAGUCCCAUAAGUAUUUUCGUGAUCGACAAUUGAUCGGGUCGGAAAUAGUAGUUCCCGGCGACUUCGGUUGGAGAUGGCCGGAUGGCGCGAGGACAAGGUGGAAGCGAGGCUUCACGCUGGCGGCAGGGUCGGACGAGAAAAAAACCUGGCAUCGGAUCCUUUGUUCGGAAUGGAAGAGCGUCUACCCUCUGCCGUCAUAGCAACGAUUCUCUCGAAGCUUGAUCUCCGGUCCCUCUGCGCUGCCUCAGCCUCAUGUAGAUAUCUCCGCUCCUGCGCCAUCCACGCUCUUUCCUUCACUCCAUCCUUUCAUCUCCUCGAGAUAGCGCCAACGCUGGAUCUGUUGAGGACGUUACUGCUUCCUAACCCGUAUCUGCGUAGCCUGAAGCUGGACUGCAGCCGGCUCGAUGACUCUUCAAUCGGGCAUUUGGCGCGUGCUUCGUCGCUUCAGGAGCUGUGCCUCCAUAACUGUGAGAAUUUAAGCGGGAGGCUUCUCGUUGAGUUGGGGCGCAAGUGUCCGGAUCUUAGAUCUGUCUAUCUGAGCUCCCUUGCUGAGCAUAGAAAGCUCUCAGUGCUUUAUUCUGAGUUAAAAGAAUUGCUCACUGGCUGCUUACAUUUAGAGUCUUUGAGCUUGUUGUUUGAUGUUGCGGAAUUUGAACACCCUGAAUUUGCUCAAGUCUGGGCAACUGCUUCAGAUAAGCUCACGUCCCUAGAGUUUGGUUAUAUCCCUAUGUCAAUGCUGACUGCUUUGCUUGUCUUAGCUGUGGAAACUCGGCAGCCUUCUUGUGUUUUGAGGCCACCAGUAUUCCCAAACCUGCAGAAACUAUGCCUGUCAGUUGAUUAUAUUACGGACGUCUUAAUGAGCUCUCUUUCAAUAGGGCUUCCAUCCUUAACACACCUAGAUCUUCAAGAUGCACCGAUAGCAGAACCAGUACAAUCUUCUGACCUCACCAAUCUGGGCCUUCAACAUAUUAAUCAGCAUGGUAUGCUCAAGCAUAUUUCGCUCAUCCGAAGCCAGGAGUUUUUGUUUACCUACUUUCGCCGGGUGAAUGAUUUAGGUAUCCUCUUGAUGUCAGAUUCUUGUGCUUCAUUAGAAAGUAUCAGCCUUGGUGGAUUUUGCCGUGUUACUGACACCGGUUUUAGGGCUAUCAUACACUCUUGCUCUAACCUUCGCAAGCUUAGAAUUUCUCAUGGAAGCCAAUUGACUGACCUUGUGUUCCAUGACAUAUCUGCCACUUCCUUAUCCUUAACACAUGUUAGCUUGAGGUGGUGUAAUCUCUUAACCAACAUUGGAAUCAAGAGACUCUCUUUUAAUACAGAUCUGACUGUCAUAGACCUGAGAGAUUGUCGUAAUCUUGGCGAUGAAGCCCUUGAAUCUUUAACUCAUCUUCACAAAUUGCACACAUUGCUUCUUGAUGGUACUGACAUUAGUGACAAAGCUCUCUCAUUUUUGGGCCGUGGAAGGUUCCCCUUAUCUUCUUUGUCACUCAGAGGUUGCAAAAAGCUAACGGAUGCUUGUAUUCCAUUACUCUUUCGUGGUUCCGUUGGACAUGGAAUUCAAAUGUUUGAUCUUUCAAGGAUCCCCAAUCUCUCUGACAAUGCAAUUUUAUCCUUAGCCAAAACCAGAAUUCCUAUUGUUGAGCUCCGAAUCCGAGAAUGUCCGCGAAUCGGCGACACUUCAGUUAUGGCUUUGGCGUCAAUGCAAGUUGAGGGUGGGUCGUUUGGGAGCAGCUUGCAUUUGCUAGACAUAUUUGACUGUGAUCGUAUAACUCCCCUUGCAUUUAGAUGGUUUAAGAAGCCUUACUUCCCAAGACUGAGAUGGCUAGGAGUGACUGGUUGCUUGAACAGGGACAUGGUGGAUGCUCUGGUCAGAAGCAGGCCUUUUGUGCAUGUUGCAUGCCGGGGAGAGGAGCUCGGAAAUGGUUUCUGGGAUUCUUCUUUUGGCUGGUACCAUCAUGAAGAAGAUGAGCUUGAUGAACUUGAACAGUGGCUUCUAGAAGGUGAAGAUGCUAGUGAUGAUGAGGGUGACAUCAUGGUGUAAUGGCAUUGAAUCUGAGAUGGUAUUGUAUAUAGUUUAAUUUAAUGUUUAUGUAUGUACUCUAGCUAUGUAUGAUUGUUUGUGCAUGUAAAAUAAAUAAAUAAUAGCUUAGAGCUUUUGAUAUUUAUUUGAGUUGUUGAUACAUAUAUGACUCAAGAGCUCAUCUUUAUACUUUCAGUGUCAUGCACUUCUAUA